AUAAGUCUCAGAGUGUAACCAAAUAGUCGAGUUGACUCUUAACUCGUUUUAGACUGUUCUAUUUAUUAUUAUUCGCGUAUUGUAAUUUGACAUUAAGUCUAAGGUAGCACGUGCAUACAUAAUACUUGGAGAUAAGCUAUCCUAGCCACCUCCGUGAGAUGACUAAAUCGUACCACCGAUUAGGACUACUUUAUCUAGCUACCGCUUAGCAGCAGAUACUACUAACGUAACACUCUAAGUCAAAAGUGAAAGGUUAGCUUCCCAGUCUUCACGCUUCACUUUACCUCUUGCCACCGGGUUGUACAGCGGUCUGCGUUUAGCUGAUCAAGUUGUUUUUUAGUCUGAAUUACAUCAUUCAUUCGAACAGAAGUAUGGAUCAAGUAGAAAUCUCUAGCAUUUCCAAAGAAACAAAGAGUCCGUGGGGAGCGCCGGCUGUAACAGCAACUCCUUGCUCCCUGGCCGAUGUCAUGAGUGAACAGCUGGCCAAGCAGCUGCAUGAGGAGUGCAGCUCUUUCCCCAUAUGUCCAGACGUUAACCUGGAUUUGAUCAGCUCAGAAGACAAUGACACGUCCAGUGACCUGAUGCUGGCCCAGAUGCUGCAGAUGGAAUUUGACAGGGAGUUUGACACCCAGCUGCGCAGAGAAGAGAGGAAAUUUAAUGGAGACAGCAAAGUGUCUAUAUCCUUUGAGAACUUCCGUAAAGUUCAUCCGUUUGAGGACAGUGAGAGCUCUGAGGGUGAGGUGGAUUGGCAGGACACUCGGAGUGACCCGUACCGCCGAGAUAAGCCGACAACUACCCCAAAGAAAGGCUUUGUGGGGAAAGGCAAGAACAUCACUACCAAACAUGACGAGGUCUUGUGUGGACGGAAGAACACUGCACGCAUGGAGAAUUUUGCCCCAGAGGUGCAGGUGGGAGAUGGAAUCAGCAUGGACCUGAAACUGUCCAAUCAGGUUUACAAUGCCCUCAAGCGCCACUGCACAGCGGAGGAGCGUCGCAGUGCACGGCUGCAUGAGAAGAAAGAACACUCCACUGCCGAGCAAGCUGUGGACUCCAAGACCAGACUCCUGAUGUAUAAGAUGGUGAAUGCGGGCAUUCUGGACACCAUAAACGGCUGUAUCAGCACAGGGAAGGAGUCUGUGGUCUUUCACGCCAAUGGGGGCAGCAUUGAGGAACAGACUGUUCCAGAGGAGUGUGUUCUCAAAGUGUUUAAGACAACACUCAAUGAGUUCAGGAAUCGAGACAAGUACAUUAAGGAUGACUAUCGUUUCAAAGACCGCUUCAGCAAACUAAACCCGCGCAAGAUUAUUCAUCUGUGGGCAGAGAAGGAGAUGCACAACUUGGCCAGAAUGAAGAAAGUGGGAAUUCCUUGCCCAGAUGUUGUAAUUCUGAAGAAGCAUAUUUUGGUGAUGUCUUUCAUUGGGCAAAAUCACGUCCCUGCACCCAAACUGAAGGAUGCACAACUGAACAGUGAGGACAUGAUGAAGGCCCAUGAUCAAGUUCUCCAAAUGAUGCUGCAGCUGUAUAAGGAGUGUAACCUCAUUCAUGCUGACCUCAGUGAAUACAACAUGCUCUGGCACAAUGGACAGGUGUGGCUGAUUGAUGUGAGCCAGUCUGUGGAGCCCACUCAUCCCCAUGGCCUGGAGUUCCUGUUUCGUGACUGCAGAAACGUGUCCAACUUUUUUCAGAAAGCCGGUGUGCCAGACGUCAUGAGUGUCUAUGACCUCUUUAACUUUGUGUCUGGACAGCAGAUCAGCUGUGAUAACGAGGCUGAGUUCCUGGCCCAGAUUGAAGCCUUGGAGAAAAUGAAUGAGGACCAUGUGCAGAAGCGCACUAAGAAGGUCGCCCUGGCCACCAAUGAGGACGGACCCCCUGCCUUAAGCGACGACGACGAUUAACACCACGACCAAGAGACCAAGCACUCAGACGACAUGGGAGACACACUCUGUGUGGUCACUAGUCCUGAUGAGGUGUGGAGAGGGGAGGAGGCACACGUGAGAGUGACUUAAAUCUUCACUCUCAGGUGGCUGCCCACCCCAGCACCCUCACAUUCCCUAUCUAGCACUGGUGCCCUGUCAGCAUCAAACCCCUGACGGCAAGCCAAGUAACCAUCAAGUGCACUCCCCACACAAUUACACAAAAAAAACAAAAACAACAAAAAAAAUCAGCCCUGGUUUGAACUGGCUGAUGAGCAUUGCUUGGGGAAUUCGAGACUGUAUGGUUAAAGUGAUAUGAAGUGUGAGUGACAGACUCAAGUGAUUUCAGUGGUGUAGCACGAAAGACUUGCAUCAUUAUUCAGCUUCUCUUGCAUAAUUAUUGAGCAGAUAAACCCUGGCACCCCAGUGGGAUGGUUAGAAUUGACUUUUUUUUGUUUUGAGUGAGAUGCAGUGAUUUAUGCUGAUUAAAAAAAGAAAACCAUCUCAAGUCUCCAUGUACAGUCCCACUGCUGGUAUGUAGCCCAGUUGCUGCUCUUUCCUGAAAAGGUUAUCACAUGACAAAGUUUUUCUAAGGCUUAACCAAACCAGACCGGUGUGUUUGAGAUUCACUUUGAGAGGUUAACAGCUUCUGUUGAUACUGUUUUGAGAAUUAUGAAUCUGGGGUUCCUUUUGUGCAUGUGGUAUUUUGUGGUCUUUUAAACCUGUAGGUGAAGG